GAUGGGGGAAGCAUCACUGUUUUUGUGGCACCAAUAUCACAGCCUGGAUUGAGAGCGGUGAAGGCCAUGCUUCACACGCCAUAGCCAUACUGUCAUUCGUUAUCCAGUUCGUCAGGGUUGUGGACUUGGCUCAAGGUGUUGGCGGGCAUGUUUCCCAUUCCUGACGCUCGCAUGCCCCCGCGGCCCUUGCAUGCCCCCGCGGCCCUUGCAUGCCCAUACUGUUUCCAUUUAUCCUUCUCCGACACUCGCUUCCGCUUCUCUGUGUGAAUCAUCGCCGGGUGCUGCCCAUUGUGUGCCACUGCCGCUGCGACUUUCUGUCACUAUAUCGUUUGAAAUUGUCUGUUAGGAUGUUUGAAAUUUGCCACAUGUGGCGAUAGUCAGCAGCGCGAGUUGAUGGUGUCUGUUUGAUACAUUAUACGUCUUGAGUAUUGCGAAACAAACGUGUUCGUCGGCCAGGAACGUUGCCUCUCCGUUUUUCUUGCUUGAGUUUUGAUUGGAACUUUGAGAAUCACAAACUGUUAGCCGAUCUAGUUGUUGUCCAGUCACUGCCACUGAGGCUCCAUCAUGAGCUCAUCAGGGUACGGCCAAAAGGAGAAGGUUCUGAGUCGAAUUGCUGCAAAUCGGCUGCAGAAAGAACUUACUGAGUGGCAAGUGAAUCCACCAUGUGGAUUUAGGCACAGAGUUACUGACAGUCUUCAAAGAUGGAUAAUUGAGGUGCAUGGAGCUCCAAACACUUUGUACGAAGGCGAAGAGUUUCAUUUGCAAGUCGAUUUUCCCGAGCACUAUCCAAUGGAGGCACCUCAGGUUGUGUUUAUGCAAAUUCCUCCAUUGCACCCUCACAUCUACAGCAAUGGCCACAUUUGUCUUGAUAUAUUGUAUGACUCUUGGUCACCAGCAAUGACUGUGAGCUCCAUCUGCAUCAGCAUCCUCUCUAUGUUAUCUAGUUCAACAGUGAAGGCGAGACCACCUGAUGAUGAUCAGUAUGUGCGGAACUGCCGAAAUGGAAGAUCGCCCAAGGAAACUCGGUGGUGGUUCCACGAUGACAAAGUAUGAGAAAAACUUGUCCCUUCUUACCACUCCUAUUUCAUCCCCUCUCUUUCCAAUUACGUCAUCACAGGUACUCUUCCAUAAUAAUUCCAUUGAUGUUCUUUCAAUGUUUCUUACUCCAUUAUUUUCUAAAUCAAGCGUAUUCAAAAUAGCAUUAGAAGUGUUUUAACAAAUCCUUCAAAGAUGCCGCAAUGUAAAAUAUGCAAUGUAUGAAGCAAUACACUAUACUUUUGAUGAAAUAGUUUGUUUUAAGUACAUCAAUGUGUCAAUCACAUAUUAUGUUUAUUACGAACAACUUAUUCGCAAUUCAA